GGGAACUCCACCAUACUUUGCAUCAAACAUCACGAGUCCAUACACACACAAAGCUCACCUACACUCAAACACAAACCGGAAUAGAAGAAUGAAGACACCAUACACGGCAGUGUUCGCGGCGGCCGCAGUGGUGGUGCUCCUACUGCUGACCGAAGCGGAGCUGUCGAGGGCGGCGACAUGCAACCCGGCGCAGCUAAGCCCUUGCGUGAGUGCCAUAACAUCAUCAUCUCCACCGUCCAAGCUGUGCUGCACCAAGAUCAAGGAACAGAAGCCUUGCCUCUGCCAAUACCUUAGGAACCCCAACCUUAAGAAAUUCGUCAACACACCAAAUGCCAGGAAAGUUGCCUCCACCUGUGGGACUCCCUACCCAAAGUGCUGAAAAACCUUUAGUUUUCACCUCUCUGCACAAUAUGAAUGUGAAGAGAGGGAAAGUGGUUUUAUUAUAGCUGUGGUGUGGGAUUAUCUUUGUUUUGAUGUCUGUAGUAAGAGCACUAAGUUUAUAUAGCCUCUGUCAUUGUCACAUUUCACCACUUUGUUUACUGUUUCCGUGUGAUCUAUCUGAGAUAUUCUACCAGUUGUUGCAGAAGUAAUCUUAUUUAAUGGAAAUCAGUGUUGGAUUAUUACUCU